AAAAAAAAAAAAAAAACCAGUUGCAAUUUUAAACACGUCAAGUUAACGACUUGUGGUGGUGUAUCGAUUACUUAAUAAUCAAAGGCGAAAUAAUAUAAAAACAACGCACUAAAAUACACACAUAAACACAAACAAAUUCACAUAAAACACAUAAUAUCAAUAAUAACAUCGAACUAACUAACCAUACACUUGAUGAUGAUGAUGAUGAUGAUGAUGAUGAACGUUCAAUGAUCGCCACGAACAUAUGAGCUGUUGACGCGAACUUGAAAGUGAAAGUAAUUUGUAACAGCUGUGUGUAAACGGUAUUUUGCGGUGCAGUGUGCGACUCUAAUCGCGUAGCAUUCAUCAUCUCUUCAGUUAGUUAGCAACGGAAAUUUCCCGUUUCGCAAGUUGCUGUGUGGAAAUAAUCGCUUAACCGAUCGCUUAACAUUAUUAUUGCAGCUUUUUGUUGGAGUGCAUGGUUUUAAAUGAAAUUUGCACAAAAUUGGAUUUAAAAGAAAAAACUAAACAAAAGAAAACCAUUUUAUUUCGGAGACGUUAGCCAUCAAAUUAGCUGAGAAAUAUUUCAAAAAAUUAAUUCAAAGUAAGAAAGAAAUCUUAUAUAAUAAGAUGAGUCAGAAAGGAAAUAUGCCGAAACCGGAUGAAAUUAUAGAACUCAGCUUAGCUGAAAAUGCGAGCAAGGAUAGCUCUGCUGUCGAACAUCGAGAUGGCCAUACAUUGGUCGUGACCACCGUUCGCACCGAAACCGUUACUACCACCGAAGUCACUGAGGAGAUUAAAAAACCUGAACAACUUAUUGCUGUGCCUGUCUUGAAACCUAACAAAAAAGAAGAACACAAAACCUCAACAAUCCCUAAUGCCUAUCAAGAAGACUUGCCUAGUUGCAGUAAUUCUCCCGAGCACACCUCAAAGGCUAUUGUGCCCCUAUCAUCUUCACUGCCUUCCAAAUUGUUACGUUUACACGCUAAACGUUCCGCUCAGGCUUUGCGUGAACAACAAAUGGCAGCGCAAUGUCAGUCAUUGGAUUCACAAUUCGGUAGUAAUGAGAGCAUUACCGCCGAACAAAGCAGUGGUGACGACUUUAAUUCCGAUACUUAUGAUAUAGCUACGUGUAGUGCUCCAACUACUUCUCCCUCAUUAGCUGAGGAUUUGCCCAUCGAUAACUCUGAUGAAAAACUCGAUGUUGGUAUGGGUUCGUCUAUUGAAUGCUCCGAUGAGUCGGAGGAAGAUGAUGAACUAAAACCUUUAGCUGUAGAUAAUCAUGUUCUUGAGGUGAGACCAUCGACUAGCCAAGAGUCAUCGGCAAAUUUGCCCAGUGCUGAAUUGAGUGAAGAGAACUUGGAAAAGUUUCACAAACAUCAUCAUCCGCAAAUGGAUAACAUUUAUUUGCAUCCUAACUUUAAAUACGAAUACCUAGGCUUAAGUAAAGAAGUGGCAGAGACAUCACCACCGCCUGCAGUGGCGCCUGCCAAUUCACCGACCGACCAAAAACGUGUUCAUCGUUCAUUCUUGAAUAUGAAGAGAAACGACACAUCAGAAACAAUCGUAGAACAAGAUCAUUCGGUGGUUUCGCAAUCGACUAAUGCCAGUGACAAGGCUGCCAUCAACGAAGUUGACACUUUGGAUCCCUCACUUAUACCCAAUGAAGAAUUGGCCGCUGAAAUCGCCGAAGCUGUAGAAUUUUAUUUCUCUAACGAGAGCAUUCUCAAGGAUGCAUUUUUACUUAAACACGUCCGCCGUAAUAAAGAAGGCUUUGUAAGUUUGAAAUUAGUAUCGAGCUUUAAAAGAGUACGUCAACUGACGAAGGAUUGGCGUGUUGUCGGCAAUGCUGUUCGUCGUAAAUCACGCAAAAUCGAAUUGAACGAUCUGGGAACAAAAGUUCGCCGAAUGGAAGCACUGCCUAACUUCGAUGAGACAAUGCCAUCACGUACGAUCGUAGCCUGUGAUCUACCACUGGAUAAGCUAACUAUAGAAAAGGUAUCUGAUAUAUUUUCCAAAUGCGGUGAAAUCGCCUUAAUACGCAUUCUAAAACCGGGCAUGGCAAUACCAGUGGACGUUCGACAAUUUAUGAAUAAAUAUCCAGAAAUGCAACAAAAGGAAUGUGCUCUUGUCGAGUAUUUGGAAUCGUCGUCAGCUCGCGAUGCACGUGACAUGCAAGGUCCAUUCAAAGUAUACGAAAUGGUGGCUCCGAAAAAGAAAACUGGCAAAAAGGCGGUUAUACAAAUGGCCGCACCAGUCGUGCGUAUGGUGGAGAAUUAUCGUCAUUUCAACGAACACAACUACGAACGAACACGUGGCGGAAGUUUUAGUGGCGUUAUACCUCACGAAGUAGAUAUGCGUUUUAAAUUGAAACGAAAUAAUUCCGAUAUACAUCAGAAAAGUUACAACGACAUGGUGCAAGGACAACAUGGUGCUCACCAUUAUUCUUAUCAACCGAAUCCACAGUCGCAAUAUACUGCUUUACAACGCAGUAAUUUUGGCAGUGAACAUCAUAUACCUCAUCACCAUCAGCAUUAUCAACAGGCUCGAGGGCAAGAAUCCACUCCUCACACUCCUUCUUCGCCAGGUGUUAAUAUGAACUAUUUCUCCUAUUCGCCGAGACGCUAUAGCAACGCUUCUACAAUGUCAACAACUCACAAUGUCGAUUCUCACGUAGUACAUGGCAACCCACCCACCGCUAUUGGCAGCAGUAAUAUUAACAGUAACUCUAACGUAGGCCCUGCACAUACUUUGGUACGUCGACUGUCCAAUGAGGCUCAAGAAGUAGGUAAUUACGGAUACUCCGAACUUAAUCGUCGUACAUCGAAUUGUAGCGAGAGUAUGCCGGUCCCAAGAAGAGAUUCCAAUUGUUCAGAAGGUUGUCCUUAUCACCGACGAAUAUCCGAUUUGGCACAACAAGAGCUAUAUCGUAAAAAUUCCCAAGGAUCCAUGAUGGGCGGAGAGCGUCGCUUUUCAAAUGGAUCCUUCCAAUUUGAACGAACUUUCUCUAAUGCAAGCGAUCUUGGCAGUGGUACGGGCUACCAGAGGCGCAUGUCCAAUGAUUUCAAUUCCGAACGUAAACCAUCUCUUGAAACCCAUGUCGGUACUCCUUACGAGGAUAGCAAUGUCGGAGGAGGUGGUGGGGGUUAUAAUAUCUUUCCACGUCGUUACUCCAACAAUUUCAAUAAUGUUAGCAGUAAAUUGGCUGCUUACGAUAAUGCACAGUAUAUUAAUGGACGUCGUAUAUCCACUGAUUCCGGUUAUGAUAGACGUUAUUCAUUUGGUUCCGAAUAUGAGGGUUCUCCUCGUUCGCGUACUGGUAGUUUCUUAAAUAAUUACAAACACGGUAACGACUAUGAUAAUCAGCCGCGUUCAAGAACGAAUAGUUUCUUAGAGGGUUCCCCACGUUCAAGAUCCGGUUCAUUUGCGCAGCGAGCUGCCGAAAACUUAGUGCGCACUCCUUUGGGUCCAGAUGGCAGUAAAGGUUUUAGUUCCAGAAUACGAAAAAUGACUGAAUCAGUUGCAACAGUUAACUAAUUUGAUGCAGGUAUGAAUGAUGGCUGUUAAUCCCUUUAAUGCUCUACCCCUCAGACAAUAAAUUAAGUUGUUACUUAUAUUCUAGGAACAUAAAUGUUAUAUAAAAAUGUGCUUACAAAUCGAAGCAUAGAAUGGAGAGAAUCGAAAACGAUAACGAGAUAGCAGUGCUAACUUUUUGUUCAAAAAAAAAAAAAAAAGAAAAAAAAAAUUUGAAAUUAAAUUU